CUUCCUCUCCUUCAGGUCGCAUCCUGGUCCAGGGGGAGGAGGGCCCUGGGCCUGCGUCGCCAUGACGACCGCCAUCCUGGAGCGCCUGAGCACGCUGUCGGUGAGCGGGCAGCAGCUGCGCCGCCUGCCCAAGAUUCUGGAGGACGGGCUCCCCAAGAUGCCGUGCACCGUCCCGGAGACCGACGUGCCCCAGCUCUUCCGCGAGCCUUACAUCCACGCGGGCUACCGCCCCACGGGCCACGAGUGGCGCUACUACUUCUUCAGCCUCUUCCAGAAGCACAACGAGGUGGUCAACGUGUGGACCCACCUGCUGGCCGCCCUGGCCGUCCUCCUGCGCUUCUGGGCGUUCGCCGAGGCCGAGGCUUUGCCGUGGGCCGCCCCGCACACGCUGCCCCUGCUCCUCUUCAUCCUGUCCUCCAUCACGUACCUCACGUGCAGCCUGCUGGCCCACCUGUUGCAGUCCAAGUCCGAGCUGUCCCACUACACCUUCUACUUCGUGGACUACGUGGGCGUCAGCGUGUACCAGUACGGCAGCGCGCUGGCUCACUUCUUCUACAGCUCCGACCAGGCCUGGUACGAGCGGUUCUGGCUCUUUUUCUUACCCGCAGCGGCUUUCUGCGGCUGGCUGUCCUGUGCCGGCUGCUGCUAUGCCAAGUAUCGGUACCGAAGGCCUUACCCGGUCAUGCGGAAGAUCUGCCAGGUGGUCCCCGCGGGGCUGGCCUUCAUCCUGGACAUCAGCCCCGUGGCUCACCGGGUGGCCCUCUGUCACCUGGCUGGCUGCCAGGAGCAGGCGGCCUGGUACCACACCCUGCAGAUUCUGUUCUUCCUGGUCAGCUCGUAUUUCUUCUCCUGCCCAGUGCCCGAGAAGUACUUCCCCGGCUCCUGCGACAUCGUGGGCCACGGGCACCAGAUCUUCCACGCCUUCCUUUCCAUUUGCACGCUUUCGCAGCUGGAGGCCAUCCUCCUGGACUACCAGGGGCGGCACGAGAUCUUCCUGCAGCGUCACGGCCCCCUGUCGGUCUACGCGGCCUGCCUCUCUUUCUUCCUCCUGGCUGCUUGCAGUGCAGCCACCGCCUCCCUCCUGAGGCACAAGGUCAAGACCAGACUGAUCAAGAAAGAUUCCUGAGGCUUCUAGAUGGGGAACGAUUGCGGAGUUGACCUGCUGUGACUUGGGUGGUGGUGGUGGUGGGGGGAAACUUGAUACAAUAGAAGUUGACUUUUUUUUUUUUUUUUUUACUUUUUAAGGCUUGAAUUUUUAAAUGAAUAUGGAUUUCGGUCUGAGGAGAUAGCUCAGUUGGUAAAGUAUUUGCCUAGCAUGCAUAAAGUCCUGGGUUCAAUCCCCAUCGUUGCAUAAUCCAGCUGUUGGUAGUGUGCACCUGUGGUCCCAUAAUUCAGAAGGUGGAAGUGGAGGAUUAGAAGGUCAAGGUUAUCUACAGCUGGCUAGUGAAGUCCUGGCCAUGGGAUUCAGGAGACCCUCUCUGAAAAAAAAAAAUUAAUAUUUCUAAGGAUAUGGCUAUAGCAUUUGGAAGCCAAGGGCUUCGGGAGUUUUGUUCUUAGAGAGAGAACGUUCUGUUUCCUUCUGGGAUAUAGCCUUAACACAGGAAAGGAUUUUGGCUCAGAUUUGAGAAAUGCUGAACUACAGAGAACCAUCUUUAUCCUUGAAAAUUUAGCAGAACUUUGGGGCUUCCCAAGAGCAAGUCCUAGAAUGGAAUGGCUAGUAAAACUGGACUGAAAUGUGAGCAGGUGGUUACCCCCCCCCCCCAUCAUAUCAGAAAAGCUACCACCUACUCUGCCAGUCAUUGGUAACUGAAUAAAUAAAUUGACCCAGGGAGCAUUGAGAUUUCAGAUUGUCUAGGGUGGAAAGUCAACAUCUUCUGUUUGAUUCAGUGAAACCCUUAGGCAGAAUGAAUGAUUCAGUUGUUCUGAUUUCUGGUCCCUCCUCUCUCGCCCACUGUAACACUGGUCGUUUUCUCAGGAUAACUGUCUGUCUGGCUGUUCUGAGUGCUGUUCCCAUUCCUGCUCUGCAUGGUAA